UUGCCAUACUCCUUUCUUAUAAAACAUCUUUCCAAUGAGAUGAAAAACACUUUACUUUGAAUUCAUAUCAAGAGUUGAAUACUAAUUGGCAGUGUCCGAUUUAGUUUAGGGCUCUUUAGUUUAUUCGAUAAGAUCAAAUUGAAAAGGAAGGGAAGCAGCAAUGGAAGAUGGAGAAGAAGCCUCCAAUCCCAUUCCCAAUCCAGUGAGUGAAAGUGAAGCAGAAGAAACCACAAUCUCAAUCUCAAUCUCAGAUGGUGGUAGCAGCUUCAAUCAGAAUGAGAUAUUCAGAGCGAUUGAGAUCGUGGAACGAGACUCGUUCGCCAUCGCUCAGAGUUUCACUUCUCUCUUCGCUUCACUUCGCUUGGCACUCUCCCAAUCCACCACCACCUCUCUCCACCACAUCAAUUCCUUCACCCAUGCUUCCGCUCGCCUUCAGGAAUCAGUGCUUGAUGCUGCUACCAAGGGGAAUCGCUAUAUCAAUUCAUGUCUCAGAUUGAAUGAGGAGAUGAAGAACAUUGAUGGUCUUGCGUCCCAACUAAAAAUUCUGCGAAGGCAUGUGGAUGUUCUGGACUCUGCUGUUAACAAGCUUGUUCAUGAUGCCUCAUGACACUUGGAUUCAGUCCUGUAGUAGAAGGUUUGCUUCUCUAUAUCCCAUAACAAGCUCUUAAAUGAACAGCUUGAAAAGUUUAUCUGUCUAUGUAGGUGUGGUUUCAUGGAUUGUGCUGAGAUAGUAAUGUGCAAACAAAGCCCCAGUUUAUUUAUUUUUUCAAUUCACUUUGGGCAGGUGAUUGAGGGGGGUUAUAGAACUAGUGAGGUUUCCUUUUGUGUUCAGUAUAUAAGUGUUAUAAAGUGUUUGCUGGUUGUUCCCUAGUGUCCGUCACAAGAUUUUUAUGGCGGACUGUUUGAUUGAAGUUUUAGAUGUUGUUGAUUUAUUUCGCCUUUAUCAUGAUUGCUGCUGCUUGCUAGUGCUGUUGCUAGUUGUUUGGAUACAUAGUUCUUGACAAAAUAUGUCUAAAGAUUUCUUAGUGGUAAGCUAUGACAAUUGUAUACCUAUUAAAGCAGCUAAAGAAUAUUUGAAAUGAGUUUGAACAGAAGGAAAGAAUGUUGAUAAAUGAAUUCCAAUUUGUUGACUAAGUAA